CUACAAAACAAGUUCUUUGGACCUGUGUGCUUGAUAUUUUCAGCGUUGGAAUCUCUUCAAGCGUCUUUCUCCGUUUCUUCCUUCCAGAGUCCAAGAGAAUACGUGUGAAAUGUUUACUCUUGAAAGGUGUAAGUGGUGUGUGCUUAGUUAGAGCUUUCCUCCUGAGAAUAUUCUCUUUACUCUUUAGAAGUGCUCUGAUUAGAUAUAAAGGAUGGAUCAGAAUGAAGGUGCUGAUGCUCUUGUAGAUUCCAUCAAAGCUAAGUUAGACUCUUUGUCUUCUCUUUCAACCCAUUGUUGUAUCUACAAGGUACCUAAUAAGCUCCGCAGACUCAAUCCUGAUGCAUAUACGCCUCGGCUUGUGUCCUUUGGCCCUUUGCAUCGCGGUAAAGAAGAGCUUCAAGCCAUGGAAGAGCAUAAAUACAGGUACUUUCAGAGUUUUAUUCUUAGAACAGACUCUACUCUAGAAGAGCUAGUUAGAGUUGCUAGGACUUGGGAACAAAAAGCUCGCAGCUGUUAUGCAGAAGAUGUGAAACUUAAUAGCGAUGAGUUUGUUGAGAUGUUAGUUGUAGAUGGUAGCUUCUUGGUCGAACUUCUUCUGAGGUCUUAUUAUCCUCAGCUUAGAUGCGAGAAAGAUAGCAUAUUUGGUAAUUCAAUGAUGAUCACCGACGUGUGUCGUGACUUGAUUUUGAUCGAGAAUCAGUUACCCUUUUUCGUCGUAAAGGAGCUUUUUCUUCUUUUGUUUGUUUACUACCAACAAGGAACGCCUUCAAUCCUAAAGCUUGCUCAACGCCAUUUCAGCUGUUUCUUAAGUAACAUUGAUGAUGAGAUGCUUACUUUAGAGCCAAAGCAUUUUGUUGAUCUUCUGAGGUCUUGUUACUUGCCACUGGUCCCAACCAGAUUGAAAGAAACCACAUUGAAGGUUGAAAAUGCACCUGAAGCAACAGAGCUACACAGUGCUGGUGUUAACUUCAAGCCAGCAGAGACCAGUUGUUUACUUGACAUUAGCUUUGCUGAUGGAGUACUCAAGAUUCCUACCAUCUUCAUCGAUGAUCUCACAGAAUCACUCUACAGAAACAUCAUUGCGUUUGAACAAUGUCAUUGCUCAGAUAAGAACUUCCUCCACUACAUCAGGUUGCUCGGUUGCUUCAUUAAAUCCCCUACUGAUGCUAACUUACUCAUCCGCAGUGGGAUCAUCGUGAACAAUCUCGGGAACGCAGAAGAUGUUUCAAAGUUGUUCCAUAGCAUCUACAAAGAGGUUAUAUUUGGUAGAAGAUUCUACUUUCAGACAAUUUCAGAGAAUCUUCAAGCUUACUGUAACACACCAUGGAACAGGUGGAAGGCGAUUCUUAGACGUGACUACUUCCACAAUCCUUGGUCAGUUGUUUCUGUUUUGGCUGCUAUACUUCUUAUCUUUCUCACUUUCAUACCGGCUGUAUGCUCUAUCUUGGCUCUGUAAGUCUUUAGGACAUCACAUGGUCACCCGCUAUGAGUUGUUUGUGGGUUUUGAAGGCUGGUAUCAACAUACAUCCUACUAUAUUAAUUGGGAAGUACAAAUAUAAAAUUAACCUUAAAAUAUGUAAAAAAAUUACAUUCAAUUGCCA